AUGCAUGAAACAGCUUGGAGCACUGUUCUAUCCGUGUCUGCGUUGAUCGUAAAUGCAACAACGAGCAGCGAGGUCACCUACAAAGAUGUGAUCGAUAAAACGAUGACGAUCGUUCGAUCCUGCGCGAUGUUCGACCCUAAAGACACCCUGUUGCUGGCGGGUGAGUACGACGAGUUCCUCCAGCGAUCGAUCCUCGGGGAUCUACCGGUGGCCCUGAUGGCAGAAUCGAGAUCUACGGCGUUCGAGCUGUUCGCUCUGGCCAGAUACUCGUUCAGGCUGUUCAAAGAGAUCUCGUUCGCGCAUCUGCUCUGGAAGAUAAAGCGUUUCGUCGUGAUAGCGUCCUCUCAGCCUCUGCUGAGGCUGCUCUUGCAACGGAUCAGGGACUCCACCUGGUCGAACCACAACGGAUACCACGUUCUGAUCGACAGGAAGACCGAAGAUCGCGGUUGUCUGAACGCUCACAGCUUCCUAGCCACCGCCUGGGAAUACGAUCUCCUCUCCACGGUGUUCCUGUGCAUAGAUCCCGACGAAGGACUCGCGAUUUACGCUUACAAUCCCUAUUCGGACGAUGCUCCGGGGAUUUGGAAACAGGCUGGACGCUUCAAGGGACCGAGGGGGCAUCCUUGGGUUCUGCUGAAGACCAAAUACCACGAUGAUCCGAGGAUGUGCGAGGGCUUGACGUUCGACAGAACGAGCAAUCUGAACGGAUAUGUGGUGAGGUUGAACGCGAUACCGUUCGAGCCCCACCUCGACGUGCACCCCGAUAAGCCUGGCCUGGACAUGUUCGCCGGCGAUAACAGCGAAAUCGUGAAAAUACUGUUUGGCAAGCUGAACGCGACGGUGGACGUGCUCGUGUACAAUGGGACCGAGUCGGAUCUAGGAGGGGUCGGGCCCGACGGGAACAUGAUGGGACUGUUGGCGGACGUGGGCACCGGCAAGGUGGACAUGGGCAUGAACGCGAGAAGCUUCCAUGCUAUGUGGAAAGUCGCGCAUACAUUCCCUCAUGGUCAAGAUGGCCUCUGCGUGCUCACGCAGAAUCUCGGAGAAAUAUCCGAGGUAGGAAAGAUCGUGUCUUUCAUGAGUCCCAGCGUGAUCCUAGGGAAAGCCACGGUCUCCCUGAUCACCCUUAUGGUUCUCGCGAAACACGAAGGGUUCCUACGAGCAUUCUUGAACGUCGCCCGUCUGCUUACAUACGUCGCCAUGCAUCGACUGCCCCAGCAAACUGCAUACAGGAUCUUCUUCAGCACGGUGUUCCUGGUUUUCAUUAUCAUAUGCCCGCUGCUUCAGAGCCAUUGGGCCGCUCUGCUCACCGUGCCUGUUCCACGGCCCAACAUCAUGACUUUGGAGGAUCUCAAAGAGUCGAAUUACCAAAUAUACGGGCCGAUCUAUCACAUGGAACAGAUACACGACUCCGUGUUGAGGUCGCGUUUCCACGGGGUCAGCAACGACCAAUGCAAGGAGCGAGUCCUUGGAUCGAGAAACGUCGCAUGUCUGGGCGAUUGCCUUCACCUGUACGUGGGAAAGUCGCGGAACCUCCAUCACUCGAAGAGGAUACAGCAGAACGUGCAGGCUUACGUGACAAGGGAGAAUUGGGCGUUGUUUAAUCGUGUGACAGAGGUGAUAAGCAGCAUCGUGGAGGCCGGGCUGGUGGACAUGUGGAGGAAACUCAACACCAGGAAGAUGUACAUAGCUUGGCAGAGGAAACGACAAAACCACAAGAAGAGCUUCAGGAUAUUGAAAAUGAGGCACAUAGCUUUCGGAUUCCACUUGCUGGGAUACGGAUACGCUUGCGCCACCGCGGCUUUCCUUUUCGAGCUUUACAGACGUUAA